UUUAAAGAUUGCUUCUGAAUGUAAUCACUUUGAAGUGGGCAUUUCUUUUUGCCAACUAACCAUAGCAAAUAGAUAAUGCUUGACUGUGAAGGCAGGUAAGUGCACUACCAGAAGAGUUGGAUCACACAAAAUUUAAAAACAAAUUUUUGUUUAAAUAUUGUAUGAUCUGAUCUGCCCCACCGCCCCACGGCCCCACCCUCUCACAAAUUUUCGUGAGAGGGUGGGGGUUGGGUGGGGGCAUAUCUGAUCAGAUCGUCACUGAAUAAAACAAAUGGCAGGUAGCGCAGGCUACCAUCCAAACUCUCAUUUUUCCGAAACUUCCCGCACCGUGUUUGGGGUCGGACGAAACCUGUUUCGCAUUCAGUUUCGUCUUUAGAUACACGGCAAAGUGGCAAAGUCUGGCAAAGUUCUGUCUGGGCCGUGGUCCACAGGGCGAUCGUUCAGUGUAAAGUCCAACGUUGGUCCACUCAUACGGUCGAGGUCUCGUAUCGUCAGUCAAUCGAGGAAGUGGUCGGCCAAGGACAGGCGUGCCCGCUGCCCAGGGACGUCAUCAUGCCGAGGUGCAAAACGCACUGCGCGAAGCGGCCGACUCGCUAGGCCAUGUCUCCGGCCGGCCCAAGCCCCGUCAGCCCGCCUCCACCAUGGACGUGCUCAGUCUCCCGGACGAGAUCUGGGCUCAUGUGCUGCGCUACCUGCGGCCCGAAGACCUGCUGGCCCUCGAGUGCGUGGCCAGCCGCUUCGCCCGGCUCACGCACGACCGGGACGUGUUGCGGACGGUGCGCUUCCGUCGGCCCCUGGACGACGGCCCCGUGCGCCGCUUCUUCGCGGCCCCGAGAGCGGCUGCCCUCGCACAGCUGGACCUCACCAACUGCGGCUGGCUCAAGGGCGCCCUGGUCGAGCAGUGCGUCGGGCGCUGCGUGAACCUACGCGUGCUCAAGCUACUCAACUGCCGCCUUACCCUGCUGGCGCUCGUCGGAUUGCUCGAGAUGCGCCUGACCAAGCUCGAGGAACUCGAGUGGUCCCUAGUGUGCAGCGACAGCGCCCUGGUGCCGGCCCUCCGGAAGCUGAACACCGGAGGGCACACGCUGUCGCCCAGCCUGCGCAGGAUGUACGUGGAGCUGCUCGAGGGCGUCUUCCACGUCGACCUGCUCGGGAGGCUGCUGUCGCGCUGUGUGGCGCUCAGGGACGUGCAUCUGCACGUGCAUGGCAGCACCCAAACGGGCUUCGACGGUGUCCCCCUGGACUCAGCCCGGUACGCGCCGCUCGACCAGCUAGAGACCGUGACAUACACGACGGACGCCGUGCGCGGCCGCUGCCCGUACGCCUCGCGAUCGGCGCUCAUCGAGUCUCCCCAGCUGUGGACGGUGCUACUGGGCGGCGACGAGGAGUUGGUGCACGCCUUCCGCGUCUACGCCACCCUCUGGGGCAACGUGACGCUGCGUCUGCGGCCCUGGAGGGCCCGCAGCUGCGUGCACAUGUCGGAGCUGCUCGAGCCGUCUAGGGAGCGUAGCCCCUGCGACGGCCUCCCUCAGCUCUGCACGGCGCUCGAGAGCCCGGCCCAGUUGUCGCAGGCCCUCCGCGGACCCUUCUGGGACCGGCUGGACGCCCUCACACUGGUGUCCACCAUGUCCAGCAGCCCCGGCGGCCUCGACUUCGGCCGUCCCCUGGCGCAGCUGCUCGGCGCCUGCGGCCGUCUGACCGAGCUGAACCUGAGUCGCUUCCACUUUGCCGCCGACCUGGACUGCUGCGCCCUGCUGGGAGCCAGUGGCCUGCGCCUCCGCGCCCUCGCCCUGCCGGCAUGCGCCUUGGCCGGCGGCUCCCUGGCGCGGCUGACGUCGCUGGGGCUGCGCGAGCUGGACGUGCGCGCAAGCGUGCCGACGGCGCACAGCGCGUGCCUCGCCUGCCGGGACCCGCGCAUGCCAGAUCCCCUGGGGCCCCUGGCCCUGCUAGGGCCCCUGGACCGCCUGACGUUGUGCGACCUGGCGAGUGUGCAGACGUUGGCCUUCCUCGGGGGUUGCAAGGUGGCCGAGCUCAGGUUGUCGGGGCUCGGGCGGCGCGGGCUUUGCUCCUACCCGCAGGGGCUGGGACAACUGCUGCAGACCAACGACGCUCUUCGCAGCCUCAAGCUCGAGCACCCCGCCCUGGCGCUUAGCUCCCAGCUUCUCUGGGACUCCCUGGGACAGGCGCCGUGGUUGCACCGCCUGUGUCUGGCCUCUACGGCGCCCCGCGAGACGCCGCAGCCGGCAGCGGUGCUGCGCUGCCUGGGACGCCUGUCGGCCCUGGAAGCGCUGCACAUCCACCAGGACGGGCCUCCCCCCCGCACCCUGCUGAAGGUGCUGAAGGGCUCCCUGGGCGCAGGAGGCCCCAGGAUCGACCUGGGCUUCGGGGACGAGACGUUCCCCUGCGAGCGCAGUGUGCUGUGCCACUCGUGCAACUUCAUCGGUCUGGCCAAGCCUCGCAAUCGGCAGCCCUUGGUCGCAGGAGGGGACGUGCCCCCGUCCUCCGGGCGGCCCGCCCCUCAGCCUCUACACCUGCGUGCCUGUGCAGCGGGAGUGCAGUGACACACGUGCAAACUCUUCCAAUGGAUCUGUGGAAUUUACUGUGACAGUGCAAACAAUUGGCUAUGCUCUUAGUUGGAGGGCAGUGCAAUAAAGAGAAUUUAAUUGUAGCUCUCCUCACUGUUCCGGCAAAGCCAGUUGGCUCGUCCUCUCAUACCAUUAACCCAGUUCAUUACUGGAAGCACCGAUUGCUCUUACUCAAUUAUUUGGCAACAGCACUGAAACAAAUCUUGAAGGUGGUCAGUACAAGACCAGACUUGAUGUUAAAAUGGGUAGGUAACAUAAAACUCACCGCUGCACUUGUACAAAAAGAAGAGAAGCUUUUUCCUGUGAGCAUCUCGAGUCUUCAACUUUUUAUUCUAGAGCAAAUCAGGUGGCAGUUGCACACCCUUUUUCAUGAAUGAACACCUGCAGAGAAGGAGCUCUCUGGUCCCCCCACUUUGGCUGGGUCAGUUCUGUCAAUUCAAGACCACUUGGGGCAGUUGCAGUAGCUCACUGUUAUCCAAAAAUGAAACCUAGACAAUGACA